GCCUCCUCUCCUCUCCUCUUAUCAUCCAUUUGAGCUGCUCUGCUCGGCUCUCAUCCCUUCUUUCCAUUUUUAUUUAAUUUUUGAUAAAAGAAAAAAAAGGUUUUUUUUUUUGCCAAAAAUCACCAUCAUCCUCCACUCUCUCUCUCUCUCUCUCUCUCUCUCUCUCUCCGUGUGUGUGUCUGUGGUCAAUGGGUUUUCUUUUCUUUGCAACAACACUUGGGUGGAGGUGAUGAUGGUGAGAUGAUAUGAUAUGAUAUUCAAUUUCACGCCCUUUCUACCUUCCUCUUCCUCUUCUUCUUCUUCUUCUUCUUCUUCUUCUACUUCUACUUGAAUGAGAAGCAUCAGAGAGAAUCGGCCAAAUCCACCAUGUGGGUCUUGUUCUUGUAUGCCCUGUUGAUGCUCUGUUCUUUUGUCUCGGUCUCUGUCUCCCUCUGCGACCCGCCUGAUCAAGCUUCCCUCCUCUCCUUCUCCUCCCAUCUCUCCCCUCCUCUCAACUGGUCUUCUUCUUCAUCUUCAUCCACCUCUGAUUGCUGCUCCUGGGAAGGCGUAGCCUGCAACGCUGUCUCUGGUCGGGUCACCCAGCUGUCCCUCCCCAACAAGACGCUCAAUGGUACCCUGCCCCCUUCUAUCCUCAACCUCUCCCGGCUCUCCCUCCUCAACUUGUCCCGGAACCGGAUCUCCGGCCCUCUCCCUUCCGGGUUCUUCGAUUCGUUGCCCGCCCUGCAGAUUCUCGAUCUCAGCUUCAAUGAUUUCACCGGCGAAUUCCCGUCUCUGCCUCUCAAUAACUCCCUGCAGGCGCUCAAUAUAUCGAGCAACCAGUUCUCUGGGGGCAUCCCAGGAUCGAUUUUCCAGUCAGGCCGGAGGUUGGCCACCUUCAAUGCCAGCGACAACAGCUUCUCGGGUCUGAUUCCAUCGCCACUCUGCGACGUCUCUAACCCUAACUCCUCCCUGCUGAUCAGUUCCCUCGACUUCUCCAACAAUAACUUCAGCGGGGAAGUACCGGCUGGACUGGGGAGCUGCUCAAAGCUCGAAACUUUCCGGGCCGGAUUCAAUUCCCUGACCGGGAAGCUCCCGGACGACAUGUUCGGCGCGACAGCCCUCCAAGAGCUCUCCCUGUUCGUGAACCAGCUCACGGGGCCCAUCAGCAAUGGAAUCACGAACAUGACCAAUCUCAGGAUUCUCGCCCUCUACUCGAACAACUUCACCGGCCCGAUCCCUGCAGAUAUCGGGAAGCUCGAGCAGCUCGAGCAGCUCCUCCUCCACGUCAACAACUUGACGGGCUCGCUGCCCCCUUCCCUGAAGGACUGCACCAGUCUCAGGAAGCUCUACCUGAGGGUAAACAAGCUCGGUGGGAACAUCACGGAGUUUGACUUCUCCCCUCUCAAGCGGCUGACAACUCUGGACCUUGGCAACAACAACUUCACCGGUAACUUCCCUAGGAGCCUCUACUCCUGCACAGCACUCACUGCUAUCAGGUUCGCGACUAAUGGUCUCAAAGGUCAGAUUUUGCCGGACAUUGUUAAUCUUCAGUCGCUGUCCUUUAUCUCUGUUUCGAACAAUUCGCUGGAGAACGUCACCGGGGCAUUGAGUAUCUUGACGGGUUGCAAGAGCCUCACGACCGUUAUACUCACCAAGAACUUCCUCCACGAGCCGAUGCCCAGAGACUGGGUCUUAGCCGACCCCAACGGGUUCCAGAAACUCCAGGUUUUGGCCCUCGGAGGCUGCAAUCUCCGGGGAGAGGUUCCUGGUUGGCUUCAGAGGUUUACCAGUCUUGAAGUGCUCGACCUGUCCCAGAAUCAAUUCUCGGGCUCAAUUCCUGGAUGGUUGGGGGACAUGGCGAACCUAUUCUACAUAGAUUUGUCGAGUAACCUGCUUUUGGGUGGGUUCCCUAUUGAGUUUACGGCCUUAACUGGGCUAAAAUCAGGGGAGCCAUCGUACCAUGUCAAUCAGACUUUCCUGGAGCUGCCUGUGUUUGUGAUGCCUAACAAUGUGUCAAAUCAGCAAUAUAAUCAGCUCUCAAACCUCCCGCCAGCGAUUUAUUUGUACAAUAACAGCCUCAGUGGGCCCAUCCCCAGGGAGAUUGGGCAGUUGAAGUCCAUCCAUGUCUUGGAACUCAAUCACAACAACUUCUCUGGCACCAUCCCGGAUGAGAUAUCGAGUCUCAGCAACUUGGAGAUCCUCGACCUCUCCAAUAAUGAGUUCACUGGCGUCAUCCCUGCCUCGCUCAAGAAUCUCCACUUCUUGUCCUUCUUCAGCGUGGCUUACAACAAUCUCCAGGGAAUGAUUCCUGCAGGAGGUCAGUUUGAUACCUUCCCGGACUCUAGCUAUGUUGGGAACCCGGGACUGUGUGGCCGGCCUCUCAGCGAUUGCUCAAAUCAGUCGGGCAGCAGCGGUCAGGAGGGACGCAGCAGGCGCUCCAACAGGAAACUCGUGCUUGGGCUCGUCCUAGGAAUCUGUUUUGCUGUUUUUCUGGUCGUAUUUCCAUUUGCAUUCUGGGUUGCAUCCAAGAGUAGAAUCAUACCACGAAGGGAUAGCGAUAAUAAUGAAAUGGACAUAAUGUCCAUCAACUCCAACCAAGGGGCUUCUUCUGAAUUUGACAGGGACUCGAGCUUAGUCAUUGUGUUCCGGGACAAUCUGAAUGAUAUGAAGGACCUCACAAUCUCUGAAAUCUUGAAGGCAACGGACAACUUCAAUCAGGCAAACAUCAUAGGAUGUGGUGCAUUCGGAUUGGUCUACAAGGCAACUCUCGCCAACGGGACCAAACUCGCUGUUAAGAAGCUCUCAGGGGACAUGGGCCUCAUGGAAAAGGAGUUCAAGGCUGAGGUAGAGGUUCUCUCUAAUGCCCGACACGAGAACUUGGUGACCCUUCAAGGAUACUGCAUCCACGAGGGCUCGAGGUUGUUAAUAUACUCUUACAUGGAGAAUGGGAGUCUCGACUACUGGUUGCAUGAGAAGAGUGACGGCCCUGCCCAUUUAAGCUGGCCCAUGAGGCUCAAGAUAGCCCAGGGGGCGAGUCGUGGGGUGGCCUAUAUGCACCAGAUAUGCCAGCCCCACAUUGUGCACCGUGACAUUAAGUCGAGCAACAUACUUCUUGAUGGCAAGUUCGAAGCCCACGUAGCAGACUUUGGGCUUUCGCGAUUGAUUCUUCCUUACCACACCCAUGUUACAACAGAACUUGUCGGAACUUUAGGUUAUAUUCCUCCAGAGUAUGCACACUCUUGGGUUGCAACCCUGAGAGGUGACAUGUACAGUUUUGGGGUUGUGAUGCUGGAACUGCUAACCGGGAAGAGGCCCGUCGAGAUAACAAAGCCCAAGGAGUCGAGGGAGUUAGUGGGUUGGGUCCAGGAGAUGAGGAAGGAGGGCAAACAGAAUGAGAUCUUUGAUCCACUGCUCCAGGGAAAGGGCUUUGAGGAUCAGAUGGUGCAGGUUCUCGACGUGGCCUGCUUGUGUGUCAGCUCGAACCCAUUCAAAAGACCGACCAUCCAGGAUGUCGUUGAUUGGCUGGAGAAUGUGGGCCAAUGAACCUGUGUAAUUAUAAUUAGUCUUCUGUGUUAGAACGAUUUCUUUUUGGUGGAAGAUCUGUACAGUGGAAGGAAGGAAGAAAGAAGCUUCUUUUCAGGGAGAGUGCAUACAGUUACGAAAGGAUCGCGAGUCUCAAGUUCCCUUCAGCGGAGGGUCUCCGUGAGAGGCUGGUUGUAUUGUAUAUCUGUAAAUUGACAGAAGCAGAAUAAUGAGAUCCUUUCUCAGGUGCAGGAUUUUGUUUUUCGGAUUUGGACCUCGCUAGAGAUUUUAGUUUUGAGUUCUUGUACCUGUUCGAUGUAUACUACCUGUAUCAUUAGAAAUUCCACAGGUGAUGAUAACAACUUCCACGGCUUGUCGGAAACAAAGAAGGAAGCCAGUUACAGUUGUCUUGUCUGCUUGUAUAGAUUGACAAUAAUAAGACUUGAAUGCUUAAAAUCUACUGAGA